GCUACAUUAAUAAUAACAAGUCCGUUUCGAGGAGCCCUAGACCGCAGUGGGCCCUCGGUGAUCGGAACCAUAAUCGAGUCCAGUUUUUCUCCUUUCUGCAAUCGAAGUUGCUUUGAACCCUCUCAAACCGAUCUCCGCCAACAUGAGAAUUGCAGUGGAAGGGUGCAUGCACGGUGACCUAGAUAAUGUGUACUCAACUCUCCGGUAUCUGGAGGAGGUUGAGAACACCAAAAUCGAUCUUCUCAUUUGCUGCGGUGACUUUCAGGCUGUUAGGAACAAAAAGGAUUUGGAGAGUCUAAAUGUGCCACCAAAAUACAAGAGCAUGAACUCUUUCUGGAAGUAUUACUCAGGACAAGAAGUUGCCCCAUUUCCAACUAUAUUCAUUGGUGGGAAUCAUGAAGCAUCCAAUUACCUGUGGGAAUUGUACUAUGGAGGAUGGGCAGCGCCUAACAUAUACUUCUUGGGGUUUGCUGGAGUAGUCAAGUUUGGAAAUAUUCGUAUUGGAGGGCUCUCUGGAAUUUAUAAUGAACGUCAUUAUCAUUUAGGACACUAUGAGCGACCACCUUAUAAUGAAAGGGAUAUCCGGUCUGUAUAUCAUGUUCGUGAAUAUGAUGUCCAUAAACUUAUGCAAGUUGAAGAACCGAUUGAUAUCUUUCUUUCACAUGAUUGGCCUUGUGGCAUCACUGACCAUGGGAACUGGAAGGAACUUGUUCGAUACAAACCUUUUUUUGAGAAAGAGAUCCAGGAAAGAACUUUGGGAAGCAAGGCUGCUGCAGAACUGCUGGAAAAACUGAAACCUUCCUACUGGUUUUCAGCUCACCUACACUGCAAAUUUGCUGCUCUUGUUCAACAUGGGGAGGUUGGUCAAGUGACUAAAUUUCUUGCACUUGAUAAGUGCCUUCCAGGUCGCAAAUUUUUGCAGAUUGUUGAAAUAGAAACAGUGCCAGGACCUUAUGAGAUUCAGUAUGAUGAAGAAUGGUUGGCAAUAACACGGAAGUUCAACUCUAUCUUUCCUUUAACCAUCCAUCGUGCAAAUUUGGGGGGUGCACAGGUUGACAUGCAAGAUUGUCGUGAUUGGGUAAGGAGUAGGCUACUAACAAGGGGGGCCAAACCUUUUGAAUUUGUUCAAACGGUUCCAUGCUAUGAUCCCUCUCAAUCUGCCUCCAAUAGUUGCUUUUCUGGUUAUCAUCGGAACCCUCAAACGGAGCUUUUGUUGCAAUUUUUAGAACUUCCCUAUCUUCUGGAUAACACAUUAGAAUCAAGAGAUCCAACCCACAGUCCAAUGUCAUUGAUUUCUAGAGAGGAUUACAACGAAGAUAUUCCCAUUGAUGACAUGGAUGAAAUGGAAGAGCUUGCAGAAAUUAAUGAUGGAGAAACCAAGAAUGAGUAGUUGUGAAGUUGCAGCUGGUAGUAUGUUACAUCAUUAUCCAUCAACUUUGCUAAAGAUUUUAUUUUAUGUUACAUGGAUAAAAACCUGGAGAUCAUGACUGCAAACUUGGUAGGCAGAAAUUAUUGCUUUUAUUCAAUAUUUAGAGGAUUUACACUCUGGGUUAACUAGUUGAGUCACUGUAUGUAGAUUUGAACCAUUAGGCUGGGUCCUUUGGAGUUGUUAACAAUCUUAAUUUAAAACUAAUUUUGUAAGAAUGGGCAAAAUACACGGUACAUGCUCCAUGAGGAUGAGAAUUCUUGUUAGAUUUCUUGGGCAUAUAUAUUAAGCAACUCUAGUGUACAGUCUUCCUAUCA